AUGUUUAAAUCAAGAAAAUGGGACGUGGGUGUACAAGCAUUGCCAAUGCCCAUCGAUUCACUUUUUUCAUUAGCCAUUGAUUAUGUGGUUGAUAACCUUGCCAUAUACAUGAAAGAAAAUGAUGAAAGACUUAGCGCACUGCCAUAUAGUAUUAAAAACAGAAUACUGCGUAGAUUUACGACUUCAGCCUAUUUUUGGAGAAACAUUAAUUUUAAAUCGGUUUUGUUAGCUAUUGCUAACGAACAGACAUUGUCAAUUAAUUUGACUUCAGCUCCAUUGGACGACGAGAUUUUAAAAAUAAUUUCUAAAUGUAAAAAUGUUCGAAAACUGUAUUUAUCAAGGAACGACGAUGGUUUGAUUACAACUAAAGGUUUAGUGGAGCUAUGGAAAAAUUGUACCAAUCUUAUUAGUUUUGUACUCUGUCGCAGCACUGAAGUCAGAGAUGAGGUGUUAGAUUGUAUGGCAGAACAUUGUCCAAAUAUGACGUGUUUGGAUUUGGGUGGUUGUCCACAGAUUACUGAUAUAGGCAUUAAGAAAAUUUCGAGAUUGAAAAAAUUGACUAGUGUCAAUUUUUCUGCUACACAAAUUACGGAUGAAGGAACGAGUUGUCUUGCUAGAGGGCCCAGUGGACCAAAAUUGACGGAACUUAGAAUAGAAGAUACUCAGGUAACCGAUGUUGGUUUGAGAGACAUUGCGGAAAACUGCCCUAACCUGCAAAUUUUAUGUUAUCGGGGUCGACAAAGACAAGAUUUAGAUGACUUCGUACCUUUCCACAAUGAGUUAAAAAACUUGAAACAAGUUACAUGGACAGUGAACUGGUAGAGUGACUUUUCCCCAAGGGCGAGACGCAUUAUAUUUGUUGUGAUUUGUUGUCAAUUAUAUUUAUUAACAAUU